AUGCCUGGUCAAGUGGCCCAACUUCGUACCCCUCGCACACCGCGAACUCCUCGAGCGCGUCGCUGUCUUCGCCAUGACUCAUCGCCUGCUCCACGAAGCUGGCAUGGGCAGCAUGACCCUCGUGCCGGACGGCUUCCCAGAUAUCGGCCUCGGAUCCCCAACGUCAUUUUUAAAAGAUCAACGCACCCUAGAUCUCCAAAACGAUGUCGAAGGCGUCCUCGCUGGCGCCAGAAUAAAUUGAGCGAUGAUACUGCGAACCCUCUUAGAUCGAUGUUCUCCUCUCUAUCUGUGAACGAUCAGAAAGCUGAAACCGGCGUCGAUUGUACCCCGGAGAAAAAAUUUCAAGCAUGUUCUCCAAACACUAGAGAGCGAUCAUUUGCAGAGAUUAUAAAUGGCGCCUUGGAUCAAAAUCCAAGCGGGGAAGCAUCGGGCUUUCCAAAUCCUUUUGGUAACCCGGGUCGCCAUCCGUUUCAACCGACCCUUAACGCUUCGUCACCGGAAAUAAAAGUCGAACCUAUUUCACCUGUAUCCUUAUUCAGUGGCCCGCCGCAACCGCGUUCUCAAAUGCCAACAACGGGAGCAUUGGGGAAUUUCGGCUUUGGAUCUGAUCAAAAUCUGUUCGGCCCAAAAGAACCAUCGCGAAGAUUGCUAGAGCUAGUUCGACUUAACCAUCAUCGCUCUAAAGAGCUUGCUGAACUUGUUGAUAACUUUCUUCGCAGAUAUCCAGGUUAUUCCCAGGAGCAACACCCUAAGACGAGUGGAAAUUCUCAUGGAUCUGAUCAUGAAGGCCAAGACAACGGAGGAUUCUUGCCAGUCGCUCCGUACGUCGCUACUAUUCCAGGCGGUGGGGACAGCCCGCCUCGAUACCCUAACGGCACCUUUCGCGGACACAUGGUGGAUCAGCCAGACGCUAUGCAGCCAGUCCUAUCAUCCCACGCGUCCCAAGCUACCACCAGGAGCACCAGUGUAGCUGCGGAAGAAGAACGUUAUCCUUAUGUCCCACCAACGCCGGUUCUAGCGCCCCGUGAUAUUGAAUUUCGAAAUUCUUGGAAACUAGACUCCGGAGCUCUACACGCACCAUUCUCGAAUUCUGGUUUAGUAAGAGAUGGAUGUGCUCUCAGAAAUCCAUUGUGUUCUGGGAGGAACCCUUGCAGUGGCCAUUGCAUCACCAACACCUUCGCCGCCUUACCGCCAGAGAUUUCAUCGCCUGAAGAGUUGCGACGCGUACGGUGUUCAUUGGCCCCGUCGCCCGAACCAGCGAGGCAAUUUUCCAUGGAUGGGAUUGAAUUUUCGGGCCACGCUUUUAACCAGAAUGCUCACCAAGGUUGUGGUUCUGGAGAGGCUACCCCACAAGCCCGUGAAACGGUGCUUUGGGGCUCCGAGACUGUCGUAAAUGGAAUUGAUAAAAACUCGCAGAAGAGCGAGCUUUCCCUUGGAACCUUGAAUGCUGAGACGUUCAAUCGGCCAUCCCGACGCGAAUUCUUCCGGCCUAACGCCAUCCAGCCGUGCCCUUGCACCCCUGCGUCGUCUCCCAAUAGCCCACGCUGUACAUAUUGCGGAAGUGCAGGAGCAUCUGUAUUGAGCGGAUAA